CCUGUCUAUGCCCCAUUUGUUGGCUCUAUGGGCUGCGUCUGCGCAAUUGUCUACACUUGCUUCGGUGCUGCCUACGGAACUGCGCAGGCCGGCGUUGGCAUUUGCUCGACGGCUGUCUUGCGACCUGACUUGGGUUGUAAAGAGUAUGUCAUGUCCGAACACCGUAAGAUUCUGCGAAAUGGUUUUGCCGUUAAAGCCGUGAAAGAUAGAUGCGGCUCAAUAGACAUAGUUCCGGUUGUGAUGGCUGGCAUAAUCGGGAUCUACGGCUUAGUCGUUUUCGUUCUUGUCGCAAAUAAUUUGAAGCAGAAUCUCCCCUUAUCCACGGGCUUGAUCCAGUUUUGUACGGGUCUCUCCGUCGGACUUGCCGUUUUAGCAUCUGGUUUCGCUAUUGGCGUCAUUGGUGGUGCAGGAGUUCGUGGAGCAGCUCAGCAACCAAAACUGUAUGUCGGCAUGAUUUUGAUACUCAUCUUCGCUGAAGUUCUUGGUAAGAACGAGAUUACAUAUUUUGUAAAUACACCGAAUAAAAGUUAA